AUGAUCUCCCUCAUCGCUCGGCAUUCUAGAGCGGUUCUGAAAUUAUGGCUAUCAGCAAUAGCACUACAACUGUUUUAUUUCCAGUAUUUCAGAAACAAUGGAGGAAAUUUAUUUUGCUUCGAAGACGCGCUGAAAACUUCGCAUCAAAUCGAAAGUUUUCAAGAAAGCUGGUGUAGAAUUCACCAAGCGCGAGUUCAUUUGGACUCAAUCCUUAAACCAUGUUUCCACUAUAUUUCAUGGAAUGGGCCGUCACCUAAUCGCGAACUUCAGACGGAUGCCAGCAAGAGUUUGAUUUCGAUUUUUGACAUCAGGCCUGCGGGUCAGUUCAGUCGUUUCAGCAUUCAAACAAAGACUCGGAAUGGCAAGUUGAAGCACAUUGGCGGCGACUCGUGGCGCGUGUUGCUUCUCAGUCCGGCCACUGUGUCACCUACAAUGUUUGAUCACGGAAAUGGAACAUACGAGUUCUUGUUUCUUGUUAUGGACCCAGGGGUCUAUAAGUUGGAUAUCACUCUGGACUAUAGCUUAUGUGAUGGAUAUCGAGAACCCCCGAAAAAUUGGUUCAUGGUUGGUACGAAUAACUAUUUAUUUUUUAGAAAUGAAAGAUGGUAGAUUUUGCGUUUGUUUAAGGCAUAAUGAAAGAUAUUAUUCUUCUUGUGACAAGGAUGGGGCGAUGAAAAAGUUAGUUCCCUCGAUGAAUCGCACCUAAGGCCUUUAGAGUACGCGAUCCGAAUGCUCCGCUGCUCUCUUUUGCCUAAUGGUUGAGCAUCAGAUCGCAGAAUCCAAAGGUCCAAGAUUAAAUUCGUCGUGCGGUGACCCAAAUGUUUUUUCUUGAAACUACGCUCGCGACAAAUCGAAUCUCACUGUUGUGUUUAGUAACCGCAGUUUUUUUUCAUCCUACCCGCUUCGUUCAUUAAAUGGAAGUUCCAAGGAGAGAAUCCUUAUUUUAAAAGUAUUGUUUUUCCUCAGGGAAUUCGCAUGGUAAAUUACAGAAAGAAGGCAUGCUUGGAAAGAACCGAGCCAGAGAUGAUUACCUUCUUCAACGCUUUCAAGAUGGAAAGCUUAUUAUGAUCAACAUUCCGUUACCUACAGCUGGAGGUAGGAUAGGAUCUAAUAACUUCUUAGUUAUUUCAAGGAAAAGAUGAAAAUAAGCAUUGGGUAAUUCUCGCUUCCAAGGCGAAGGUGCUACGACAAUCUAGAAAUAAGCCAUCAAGUAAUAUGCAGGUUAAAAGUCAUGGAAUACUCAACGGGAUAUAUAGUACUAAUGUCGAACUAUCCCCCCUUCCACCUCUCCCCCAAACAAUGCUGAAUUAUGUGCGCUUCGUUAAGGCACCGUGGCAAUUGCUCACUUUUACCAACAUUGUUAGAGGGGAGGGAGGUUCUGUGUGCUCGCCUGAAUUGCAAAAAGUGGUCAUUUUAAAUAUAUCUGGGUAUAGGUAUGUCCUAAGGAGUUUUUACUCCCACUGUAGACAUUUAGAGAGGAUUUUUCUCGUUCUCAAGGAAAACACCCAAUAAAAAUACCAGGUACAUGUAACAUCAUUCCAGAUGCUAGUCACUCCUAGGUCUCGAAGGGUUAAUAAAACUGGUUUUGUUUCUUCACACAAGUCUUUCAAAUGUGCUUGUAAUGUGAUGAGUUCCAGAAAAGUCUCAGAUGCAACAUCCUAGAUUAUAGCCUGGCUAUUACUUUCCACUUAUGGCCGCUACAUCCAAACAUAGUUAAUAUCCAACUUUGUGAGAAAAUGCGAAAAUACAUCUUAUGAUGUCUGUAAAUUGUUUUCAUAGGAACCUAUUUAAUAAACAGACUAAACAGGCAAUUAAAAAUGAAUUCACAGAGGGUACGUUUCCUCCCAGACUUUGACUUGACCUGUGGAGUGAAGUGUAACUUCAUGUGGGAUGGGUUUGGGAGGUGGCUUGGAAAAAAUUGGAGACCUUACCUCACAGGUACGUAACAAGUGUAAAUUCUUCAAGAGUCCACGUCUGCACGUCAAUUUUUGUCCUUUAUGAGUAGUGAAGUGACUUGGCAGUUGGUUGAUAGAGACCUUGAACGGCGAAGGCAACGAGGAAGUGGCAAAACAGAAGAUAUAUUGGACAAAACUUUAACUCAGUAUGUGCGUUUGAAGGCUUUGAACAUUUCUUGAGAGUCCUCUGCAAAACAAUACCAUGAAAUCACCAAAAUCAGCGCGCACGUCUAAGAACAAAAACCCAAUCAGUGUUUCCGAGAACUCAACGCUACUCACACGUUUUGCUGAAUUUGAGUUAUGGCGCUGUAAGUGGCAGUGAACGCAAAAUUUUAACUUUAUCGAGGUCUUCCUCGGCUUUGCCGUCCUGAUCGUUUGAGGUCCCUAAUGACGAGAACAGGCUCGACUGGCCUUAACCAAUUCAGAAAAUUACACAGCUGCAAAAUCAUCGAUUAUUACGAUAUAUAGAUAAAGAUAUAUAUAAAAUAAAUACAUAUAAAUAUAUGGGAUAAAUAUAUGGGCGCGCGCGGAUAUGGUAUGUCUCUUCGAGUCUUCAACUCGAUAGCUCACGGGUAAGCGCAGCGCAUGCGUAACGCGUGGUCUAAAACCUAUUGUCCCGUAUUGCCCCUAAAAUGGAAAGCCACAGCUUAAAAUUUCCAGUGAUCCAGAAACAGUGAGCUUGUCACGGCCAAAUCCCUUUCAUUUAUAUGAUUGAUUCUACCCAUCUAAAUGUGUAUUUUUCUCUUAUCCAGAUAUUUCAAACCACUCCCGAUUCAAAAGUACGUCUCCUCGUAAACUAGGGACAUUGUGGCUUUUCGGUGACUCAAAUGCUGAGAGAUUAUACGUAUCAUUGAAGGAUGGGCUGCUGUGCAAUGAAGUUUUGAAAGUUUGUAAUUUAAGUAAAAUGUGGGUGUACCCGUGGCCGAGCAUACAGCCAGUAGCCUGGGACGACAAGGAUUUUGAACCCCAGCAAAUCUUAGAUCACAUCCGAGAAGUCCUGGAACGACCUUAG